AUGGCCCCGACAUCUGCUGUAUACAGUGCAUCCGCAGAUACUAAUCGCAAGAUCCUCGACAAUAUCGAAAGCCAGUUCCGUCUUGACCCAGAUGCUCUAAAACAGAUCACACGGCAGUUUCUCCAGGAUAUCCGUCUUGGACUGGGCGAGUACAACCAUCCGAUGGCCAUGAUCCCCACUUUCGUCACUGGCGUACCAGACGGUACAGAAACUGGGACUUUCCUUGCCCUUGACCUUGGCGGUACGAACCUCCGAGUGUGCGAGGUUCGGCUCCUUGGAAACAAGAACUUCAGUCUUCGGCAGCAAAAGUACAGGGUGUCCGAAACGCUCAAGACCGGCGAAGCUACUGCUCUCUUCGAUUAUCUUGCUGACUCUGUUGACUCGUUCCUCACUGAAUUUACUGGGGGCGACUCUCCGACGGAAAUGUCUUUUACGGAAGAGCAACCCUCCGCCAGCCUUAUUCCGCCGCAGACCGCUAUCCCUCUUGGUCUUACAUUCAGCUUUCCGGUCGAGCAGACCGCGCUGAACCAGGGAAAGAUCUUGACCUGGACGAAAGGCUUUUCCGCGAAGAACGCGGUGGGACAUGAUGUUGUCCGUUUGCUCCAAGAUGCCUUUGACAGAAAGCACCUCCACGUGAAGUGUGUUGCCCUGGUUAACGAUACUGUGGGUGCUCUGCUAUCACGUGCGUAUACCACCGGAGGAUGUGUUCUCGGUAGCAUCUUCGGCACUGGAACAAACGGUGCAUAUGUUGAAAAGGUUCACAACAUUACGAAGCUUGGCGACUCACCCGCUCGCGCCAAGGGCGGUGACAUGAUUGUGAACACAGAAUGGGGAGCGUUCAACAAUACCCGCACUGCGCUUCCCUCCACACCAUACGAUAACAAACUUGAUCGAGAAUCGAUCAAUCCGCGUCUUCAAGCAUUCGAGAAAUUUAUCUCUGGGAUGUAUCUGGGCGAAAUUACACGCAAUGUCCUCCUUUCGCUUAUUGAUGCUGCGCCCCGGCCAUUGCUAUUCAACGGGAAGUCGAGUGAUGUGCUGAAUGCACACUAUGGCCUUGAUACGGCUGUGAUGAGCGAGGUCGAGGAAGCAUGGGAGACUGGUCGCCCGUCGAAGGGUGCAGCCCCGACUGCGAACGGCGCCGUGUUUUCCGAGCACUUCAUCGACAUCGAUGCGCUAAGUGCAGAGGAUGUUGCUCGCCUUGAGCGUAUCCGCGGUAUCGUCAGCCAGCGGCUCUCUCUCAGCCCUGCAGAUGUAUCUCUGCGCGACGCGGCGAUCGUGCGCUGGGCGUCGUUCCUCGUCGCGGACCGUGCCGCCAAACUAAGCGGCUGUGCGAUUGCCGCGUUGCUCGCGCAGACGGGGCGUGCAGAGCUUAGUAGUGACUUCGUGCCAGAGGAGGAGCGCAUUCCCGUCGGUGUUGAUGGCAGUCUAAUCCAGUUCUAUCCGAACUUCAAUGCCCAUCUCCGCGAAUCCCUGCGUUCGCUGGUGGGCGAAGAAGUGGAGCGCCGUGUCGAGAUUGGCAUGGCUAGAGAUGGAAGCGGGGUUGGAGCCGCCUUGUGCGCUCUCCAAGCCAUCAAGCAGGACCUAUAA